CCGCCGCAUAUACUCCUCGCACCCUCGCCCUUCCCUCAACUUGGCACUCCACGAGUUACACAGACCCAGGGUUACGACCCCAUAGUCUGUGGUGGAUGAGACAGGGGAUUUCAGGGUCCGCUACACGACUUCUAGCACUGAACGACUCAACGCGAGCCCCGCUGUAGUCUUCUCUAAUGACUGCCCCAUUCUCCGACGGCUCUGCCACAGUGCAUUCUGCUAAGGCAGACAGUCCCCAGAUGACGUCCACGAGCCUUGAGCUACAACCGUCCACACCUCCGCGCGGCCGUGCCUCAGCCCGCUACCCUGUGUCGCUCGCCCGUGGCGAGCCCGGACGCGUUCCCUUGCAUCGGCGUGGAACGUCCAAUACGUAUGAACGGCUGGAGGAUCUCCUGAGGGAGGCGGGCUACAAGGAGACACGGGUGUUCACACCGGAGGCGGAGCGCAGGGAAGCACAAGAGGCAGCGCGCAAGGGAAGCAUGCGUGGCGGCAUGGACACAGUCGUCGGAUACAUUGCGAGCUGGAUGCCAGGGGCAGGUAAGGGUGCGAGUCCAUCCACUCCGACGGGAAGGCCACAAGCACCGGUCAGGCAAGUUCACGAGCCCAUGGCACGUCGGUCCUUGCCCGCGUCCCCUCUUGCGCACAAGCGCGACCUGCAUCAUGAUGGUUUCGCACGGGCCCCGAGCCCGCUCUCCAUCUCACCCUCAGCCUCUGCGACGACGAUUGCGUCCAUGCGGAGCCACAUCUCCGACGGCACUGAGGGACACAUCGUCGCCUACCGGAACGUUGUUCACGGCAUACAGCCACUGCCGCCUCUCCGCCCUCAGUCCUCAAUGUCGAGCAACCUACGGACGUAUGCGCAAG